UAUAUUGACAGAGCCUCUUAAGAAUCAAGGACAAUGAGCUACCCUCCUUACGGCGGUGGUGGAGGCUAUCCCCCACAAGGUGGUGGGUACCCUCCUGCUGGUGGUUACCCUCCCCAACAACAGCAGUAUCCCAUGGGGCAGCAGCCAUACCCAGGAGGAGGAGCAGGAGGGUAUCCACCAACCACAGGUUACCCGCAAGCGCCAGCACCUGGAAUGCCACAACCUUACCCUGGGGCAGGUGGUGGUGGUUAUCCGGCACCUCAACCAGGAUAUGGUGCUCCAUCAGUCACACAGCCUCCUGCUUACGGGGGAAUGCCGACACCAGAAUCAGCUCAGGCUGCUGCUGCUGCCUCUUCUGCACCUGGUUAUUCCAGUUAUGGUGCUCCUGCCCCUGCUCCAGGUGGUUACCCAUCAACUUACCCUAGCCAGCCACCAGUCCCUCCACCACAGUAUUCUUCUGGUCCCGGACAAAAUAUGCCCUACCCCAGCAAUCCAUCAAUGCCUCCCAGUGUUGCAGGGACUGCUUAUCAAACUCAGGCACCCUAUGGAAGCCAGCCUUAUGGAAAUGUACCUCCACCUGCCUCAUAUGCUCCACCUCCAGGGGGGCAUUCCCUCCCUCCACCGCAGGCUGCGCCACCCCGUACUUACAGCCCAGGUGGUCAGUACCCAGGUGCACAGUAUCCGGCCGCUGCUGGUACAGCACAAAUGACCUCACAGAUGGGGCACAUGUCACUCCAACAAAAGGAAGAAGGUACCAUCAAGCCAAAGCCCAAUUUCAAUGGACAGAAUGAGGCAGAAAUCCUCAGAAAGGCUAUGAAAGGGUUGGGUACGGAUGAAAAAGCUAUCAUACAUGUGGUAACAUCAUGCAGUAAUGCACAACGCCAGCAGAUAUUAUUGGACUACAAGACCAUGUUUGGAAGAGAUUUGGUGAAGGAUUUCAAGAGUGAAUUGGGUGGUAAGUUGGAGAAGAUUGUACUUGCACUGAUGGUACCAACCGCACUAUUUGAUGCAAAAGAAUUAAAGAGGGCUAUGAAGGGUAUUGGUACUGAUGAGGAAUGCUUGAUUGAAAUCAUGUGUACGCGAUCCAAUGCAGAAAUACAGGCUGCUAAAGUAGCCUACAAGAAAGAAUUUGGUAAAGAUUUAGAGCAUGAUUUGCGACAUGAUACAUCAGGUCAUUUCCAGAGACUAAUGAUCUCUAUGUCUGUUGGUGGACGUGAUGAAAACCCUAACGUAGAUCUCGCCAAAGCUCAAGCUGAUGCCAGGGCUUUGUAUGAUGCAGGUGAGAAAAAAUGGGGCACAGACGAAUCUCGUUUCAACGUCAUUCUGUGCUCGCGUAGCUUCCCACAGCUACGAGCCACGUUUGACGAGUAUGGUAAAAUAGCAAAGCGAGACAUUGAGAAGUCCAUUAAAAGUGAAAUGUCCGGUGAUCUUGAAAGGGGAAUGCUAACCAUUGUGAAAGUUGUUCGUAACAAAGCACUUUAUUUUGCUGAGCAGUUGUACAAAUCUAUGAAGGGUCUUGGAACUGAUGAUCCGACAUUGAUCCGUGUGAUGGUGUCUCGUUGUGAGAAAGAUAUGGUACAAAUAAAGAACGAGUUCAAGCGAACAUAUCAGCAAGGUCUCGGCAAAUACAUUUCCGGUGACACAUCUGGAGACUACAAGAAAAUACUUCUUGCAAUUUGUGGUGGUGAAAACUAAGCUACUCACCCCUAUUAUAUUGCUAUAAUGGUUUAACCAAGAUAUUUAUACUACUAAGACUACUUCAUUUUUUAAGCUCAAUGGGUGUGUAGGCAG